GAACUUCGUGAGGAUGGAGAACUUCAUUUCUUGCCUUUGGGUUCUUGGGAUCAUCUGAGGUAGUCUGGCCCUCAUCCAUCUUACCUUUUUGACAAGACACAUCCAUUCUUCAGGAGAGUUUUUCUCUGUAACACCUUGAAUCUAGAGCAGUUAAACAGCACACCAGAAAUAUGGAGGAGACAGACCUAAGUGAAAGAGGAUUGCCACAGAUUACAUCAAUCAUGAAUAGAGUUAGAAACUUGAAAAACAAAUACAGAAAUGAAGAGAAUAUCACAGAUGAAUUUAACUAUACUAAAAUCUCAGCUGAUACAACAGAUAACUCUGGAACUGUCAAUCAAAUAAUGAUGACAACAAACAAUCCAGAAGAUUGGCUAUGUUUUUUACUUAAGCUAGAGAAAAAGGGCGUUCCUCAGAUGGAUGUUAGCCUACUCAAUAGACUCAUUGGCCGUUACAGUCAAGCAGUGACUGCCUUGCCUGCAGAAAAGUACAGUCAGGAUGAGAGCUAUGCUCGCAUCCUUGUGAGAUUUGCUGAGUUGAAAGCGCUUCAGGAUCCAGAGGAGGCACGGGACCAAUUUCAUCUGGCCAGACUGAACUGCAAGAAAUUUGCUUUUGUGCAUGUGGCUUUUGCACAGUUUGAGCUAUCACAAGGAAAUGAGAAGAAGUGUAAGCAGAUCCUUCAGAAGGCUGUGGAGUGCUCUGCUGUUCCUCUGGAAUUGUUGGAAACUGCUCUGCAAAACUUACAUUUGAAAAAAAGGCAGUUACUCUCAGAUGAGGAGAAGGAGAACUUUGCAGUAUCAAGUACACAGGAGUCUGGACUUCAGAAUAUAGGUGGAAAUCACAGAAGCUUAAAAAAGAAUGAUUCUAGUGAAAAUUCUUCAACUAUUAACAGAUCUUUAUUUAGGGAAGAGAAGUCACAGGAGCUGGGUGCUCUAGUUAAUUACCACAAUCCAUUGAGAUCACUAAACAAAUCUAACCAGAUUUGCCCAUUUGGGAGGAUUCCUAUUACCCUGGUAUCUGAUGAUGGUGAUGACAUGGAGGAUUCAGAUGUCCCACUCAUGGCCAGUGUUACAGAGAGGCAAAUGUCCAGCUCGAAACAAGCAGCCUUUGUUGCACCUUUUCCACCAUCAGAACCGAAACCUUGUGGGCGUGAUUCGUGCAGCCUGAGAGAUUUGCAGUCCUUAAAAGAAAAAACAGCUUUACAGAUGUUGGAUGAGGGCAGCUCAGAAACGGCUACCAAUUCAACUGUAACUCUCAAAACCAAAGUGGAUGCAAGUCUUGUGACAAAAAGAGCAGAGAGUAAAGUUCAGCAUCUGGAGUUGAAGACCCCAGAGCCCAGGAGUCUGAAAAGUCAACAACAACAAUCUAGUUUUGGUGAAAGCUAUAGAAAGCAGUUGGAGCAAAUUAAACUAAACUGUGUUACUGCCAGAAAAGCAAUGCCAGCUCAAGAGGUGUCACAGAAAAGCUGCUAUGAAGAGGGAAAACAAAUGAACAUUGAACAGUCUGGUCAUCCUGUUUCAAGACGAUCAUUGCCAUCAGAUGCUGUUUCUAAGAAAAGUGACCCAUUGCACGUUUAUGGGACACCAAGCACCACAUCUAGUGAUUAUAUGGCCUGUUUCAGCACACCAGUUGUAAAGGACAAGUUUCUGCCAGGAUGUCAACUUUCUACUCCCUACAGCCAGUUCCCAUAUUAUUUACCACAUACUCCAGCAACUCCAUUUCAAAAUCAAAUUGGCUUGCAGGUUCCAGCUUCUGUACCUUCGCAUGAAUGCCUUGUCAUCAAUGGAAGAGUUUAUACAGUGUUAAAGCAAAUAGGUAGUGGAGGCUCAAGUAAGGUGUUUCAAGUACUGAAUGACAAGAAGCAGCUGUAUGCUGUCAAAUAUGUGAACCUAGAGGAAGCUGAUCAACAGACUGUUGAGAGCUAUAAGAAUGAAAUUGCUCAUUUGAGUAAACUGCAGCAACAUAGUGAUAAGAUCAUCCGCCUUUAUGGCUAUGAAAUUACUGAUCAACAUAUCUACAUGGUAAUGGAGUGUGGAAAUAUUGAUCUCAAUAGCUGGCUUAAAAAGAAAAAAAAGAUGGAUCCACUGGAACGAAAGAGCUAUUGGAAAAAUAUGCUGGAAGCUGUUCACACAAUCCAUGAAUAUGGCAUUAUUCACAGUGAUCUGAAACCAGCGAACUUUCUGAUAGUUGAUGGAAUGUUAAAACUAAUUGACUUUGGCAUUGCAAACCAAAUGCAGCCAGAUGUGACAAGUAUCAUUAAAGAUUCUCAGGCUGGCACAAUGAAUUAUAUGCCACCUGAAGCAAUAGAAGAUAGGUCUUCCUAUGGAGAAAAUGGCAAACCUCGUUCUAAGAUAAGUCCCAAAAGCGAUGUGUGGUCACUGGGCUGCAUUUUGUACUGUAUGACAUAUGGAAGGACUCCGUUUCAGCAUAUAACAAAUCACAUCAAUAAAAUGCAUGCUAUUGUUGAUCCAAGCUACGAAAUAGGGUUCCCAGAUAUUGCUGAGAAGGAUCUUCAAGAUGUGCUGAAGCGCUGUUUAAUAAGAAAUCCUAAAGAGAGAAUUUCUGUUUCGGAGUUGCUGGUACAUCCCUAUGUUCAAAUUCAAAGUCAUUGUCCAACAGGUGUUCCAAAUGCAAAAGGAACAACAGAGGAAAUGAAACGUAUCCUUGGCCAGCUUGUUGGCUUGAAUUCUCCCAAUUCUAUUUCUAGAGCUGCGAGGACUUUAUAUGAACAGUGCAGCAGUGGUAAAACUCUUGAUGUAUCAGCAUUUGCAAAACCUGGGAGUCAAAAAACAUGGACAACAAAAUGAUGUGCUUCUGUUCAGGACACAACAGAUGUCUGGUCUGUUCAAAAAGUAUUUUGUGCUGCUAGCUUUUAAAAGGACACUCAGCAUAAAGUUUGCAUUUUUAUAUGUUCAUUGUGUUCUUUUGAUAAUGAGUUCAGGUCAUUAAAAAGAGCUUAAUUGAA